AAUUUUCAGAAAUUAUGGAUUCCAGGCAAGAGAAUCCUAAACCUUCCGUGCACUUUCGGGAAAUUGAAACCAAAAGUAAUCCCGGCUUUUUUAUGGAACUUUGGUACUUGAUCUGUGUACUAGUCAAUGCCAUUUGGAAACGUUUUCUUCUUAGGAUAAGCAAAUACGUGAAAAAUCUUCUUGGGUUUUCCCUAUGGAAGGUGAAACGGAUACCUGUGGCUGUCCUUGAGGAUAGCCUAACUAGGAUUAGCCAAACGCGAGACUGGAAAACGGCGGCCUUUCGCUACAUGGACUUUCAUCCAAGCAGUCCUAGCCUAUUGAUGGCCCUGGUGACCAGCGAGGACACUGUGCUGCUCUACAACGAAAGCCUAGGGAAGAGGUCCUGCCUUAAGGACUUGGAUCAGAAGCACAUCACCUGCGUCGCCUUUCGUCCGUGGUCUCAAGAGUUGGCCGUGGGCUGUUCGGCGGGGGUUUGCCUUUGGAUGAGCAAUCGGCGAUCCCAAUUGUAUCGUCAGAUCCGUCACAUGCAGGGCUCCCAUCGCAUGCGAAUUUUAGAGGACGAGGACCACACCUGUGUGACCUCGCUGCAGUGGAACGAGGAUGGGACCAUCCUGGUAAGUGCCUCUCUGGGCUCUAAGAACAUCAUUCUCUGGAAUCCGGACUACCAGCAGAAGAUGCGUUUGAUUCCAGACCCCGGCAGUAAGAGCUCCAUUUACCUGCUGCGCUUUAGUCCCGAUUUCAAGGAGAUUCUCUGCGCGAACUGUAAUAGCGGUGCCAGCACUUGCCAGCUGGACAGGACCAUGUGGAAGUUCCAGGAGCAGAUUCCGAUAAGGGGUCGCAUCCAGACAGCUGUCUGGACCACUUGCAGCUCCCAUCUGCUGUUCGUAAAGGAGGGCAGUACCCGGCUGUACUCGAGAACCAAAGAGGAAGAAGCGCUGCUGUUGAAGGACCCCAAGCCUUCGUGGCGCAUCGAGAUGGUUGCAAAUCUGCAGGAUGUAAGCUGUUCGGGGGAAUGGAGGCACUGUGGCGAACCAUUGGCCAUCGCCAUGGACCCACUAGGCAUAUACUUGGCGGUCAUCUUCAAGCGUAAAUCCUUUGUUCUGUUAUGUCUCUUAGCAAUUCCCAGGCAGGGUCACCCGGUUACUACUCCGGUGAAAUUCAUUGAGUGCGAUGAGGAUACGAUGACAAAGACGAGGUGUAUCCCACCUGCAUGGCAUUUGCAGCUGUAGAAAGCAACGAAUUUGAAAACAAACGGGUCCUAAUGAUUGGCUGGAGUACGAAGCAUAUUCAAAGUUACGCCAUCUCUGAAGAAGCCGAAGGACCUCAAUGUAUGAACUAUAUGAAUUAUGGGUAAAAUUCCAAGGCCUAAAGAACAUGAAAUU